AUGGCUCUUCUUUCCCUUAGAGCUUCUAAAGAAUGGGGGGACGCUACACGGGGCCUCCAGCUCUCUACUGCAAAGCGUGCCAUCCUCAAACUUGGCGACAGACCUAUUCAUACAAAGAACUGGCGUCCUCAGCUUUUGGUCUACCUUUCCUUGGAUGACAGCCUGCAAGUACAUCACGAGCGUAUGCUAGAUCUAGUCUACCAACUAAAGGCUGGUCGAGGCAAGUUAUAUUUUGUUGAUGCAUCGUGGCAGAGGCAAAAAGAAAACUAA